UGGUGUCUUCUUGGUUUUUGCUUCUUCCAGUUUCAAAACAAACGUAAAUAGAAAUUUAUUUUAAUAUUUUUCGAUUAGCAUCUAGACGUUUAAGCAGAUUUUUUGUUUUUUUGUAAUAUGUUUUCCUUUAAUAAGUUACUUCUAGUUCGUACCCUGGGCACCAGUCAAGCGAAACAUUUAGCUAGAAAUAUUAACAUCAUCAAAAAACGCAAAUUUUCUUAUUUCAAAAUUGGAACAGGGACAACUUUAACAACAUUUAUUGUGUAUGAUUACGUUGUAAAUGAUUUUACUUACUGUGGCGCAACAAGUCGAUUUUUACGUUCAUUAAAAGUGGCAACACAAAUAGCUUUCGACUACUUACUGCUUCAGCAAAAAGAAUCCUAUGAAAACUAUGAACAACUACUUAAAGAAGUCCAUUUGAAAAGUGCCAAAAGAUUACUUGAUGCGUGUUUGAACAACGGUGGACUGUAUAUUAAAGUUGGUCAGGGUGUAUCGGCAAUUAAUCAUAUCUUACCAAUUGAAUAUACUCAAACUUUGUGUAAACUUCAUGAUCAGUGUUUGCAAACAACUAAAGAGGAUGUUCAGGAAGUCUUUAAAAGAGACUUUGGACAGCUGCCAGAAGAGAUAUAUGAAAAUUUUGAUUAUAAACCAAUAGCGGCAGCAAGUCUUGCACAAGUUUUUCGAGCUAAACUGAAAACAGGAGAAGAUGUUGCCAUUAAGGUGCAGUAUAGUGAUUUACAAAAACGGUUUACAAGCGAUUUGGGAACCAUUAUGUUCUUACAAGAUAUUAUUGAGUUGUUCUUUAAAAAUUACAACUUUAGUUGGAUAAUGCAAGAUCUAAAGAAAAAUCUGAUACAAGAAUUAAAUUUUGUCGAAGAAGGUAAAAACUCGGAGAAAUGUGCAAGAGAUUUGCAAAAAUUCAAAUUUGUAUAUAUUCCCAAAGUGUACUGGAAUCACACAAAAGAGAGAGUUCUCACAUUGGAAUGGAUUGAUGGAGUUAAAAUUACCAACAUCAAUGAUUUAAAAAAGCAAAAACUAAAUCUUCCAGAAAUAGAUUUUAAAUUGUUUACAAUUUUCGCCGAACAGAUUUUCAAUACUGGUUUUGUACAUGCAGAUCCACAUCCUGGAAAUAUUUUUGUCCGAAAGGCCAAAAAUAGCAACGCAUCCGAAUUGGUAAUACUUGAUCAUGGACUAUAUGAAACAGUGCCGGAAAAAGUACGUCUUGCUUUGUGUGACUUUUGGGAAGCCACUGUUCUAAGAGACGAAAAGAGAAUGAAACGAAGUGCAUCGGCUCUUAAUAUAAAUGAAUACAAAAAUUUUGCCCAGGUAUUGUUUCAGGUUCCAUUUGAAAUAAAUGGAGGGCAGGUUAAAACAAAACUAUCCGAUGAAGAUAUUAAAUAUAUGCAACUAGUAGCCAGAAACAAUUUUGAUCGAAUAAUGCAAACACUUCGAGAGAUGCCAAGAAAUAUGCUAUUUGUUGUUAGAAAUCUCAAUACUAUUCGAGCGAUAAGUCGUCAUCAUGGUGAUGUUGUUGAUCGACCAAAAGUAAUGGCGCGUCAUGCUCAAAGAUGCUUGUAUACCAAGUAUAAUUCAUUUGUUGGCUACUUGCGUUGGAUUUGUAGAAGAGCUCUUUUUGAGUAUUGUCUAUUAAAAAAUUCAUUCAAGACGUCAGUUUUUAGUUUGUAUAUAAAUACUUUGUAUAAACUAGGAAGAUCACCAAUUACAUCCGAACAAAUUUUCAAAGCACAAAAAGCUUGACAACGUUUUAUUUUGAAUUUAAGUAUUCAUGUCAUUGGUCGCGCUAAAAAGUUAUCGAUGUAGUAGGGAAUAGUUUUAAGUAAAUAUUGUAAAGUCAAAAUAUACACACAUUAUUGUCCUAUUUUUCUAAAACUUUGCGUUGACUACUUACUGAAUAAAGAUGCACUUUGAAUCAA